AUCUCCUUCCCAAAAUGCCUCCAAAGCCUGCCAAAAAGUCGUCGACGACAAACAAAAAGGAAAAGAUUUUCCACCCAUCCUCACGAAAAGCAGGCCAACUCGCCCGAAAAGCUUUGCGAAAGGAAAAGUUGCAAAAUCUAGCUUCGAAGAGAACUCAAAAACAAGGAUCAACCGCCGAUUUCUUUGGUUUCUUCUACCAUGCUAUCCCAGAAGAAGGAGCUUUGACGCUGGAGGAGCUUCAUGGGAUCAUCCGUGAUGUGUGGCUAACCAGGCACGAUAAGGAACUGGAAGAGGAGCGCGCUGCCAGACGGAAAGGAAGACCCAAGAGUACCCGUGAAGUGCACCUUGAGGAUUUGAAGAUGAGGGAGACGGAGCUGUACCGGACAGGAAUGGAAGUUGUAGACCUAACACAUGAACCGACGGUGGAGCUCUUCCGGCAAUGGGAUCAAAAGGAGGUCGCCUAUCUAGACCUGCUUCGCUUCAUUCGAAUAUUCAGCAACGACCCAGCGCGUGUUAUCGUCUCCCGACCAGGCAAGCAUGCGCUAAUCGUAUCUUCAACUGCCAAAGAUGCUACAGUGACCGCUGUGGAUGAUACUACCAUGGCUAUAGACGAGGCUCCAGCCACUUAACCAUCUGAGGCAUCUACUACACCGCAGGCAUAGCGAUCCAGGGCAGCCUAGGAGAAUGAAAUCGCUUUAGCUGAGUUGUUCUUUAACCUUCCUUCGUCUCUCGACGUGAUGGCUCCGAGGCGACCUGCCGUAAAAGAGUAGCGCAGCAUCGAGCGAUGCUCGGAGGGAUGGAUUCAACUUGGUUCUUCCACAUUCUCCUUUCCUUUGUUCUUUGCUUUCUACCACCGCCACUUCUCAAGCUUGCCGUU